CGAUUGCCCAGCUAACAGCUGUUUUACAUAACCUGCCAUUUAGUGAAAACCUUGUUAGAAUUUUAUUCAAAUAUUAAUUUUUAUUAAAUAAAAUGUCUUUUUUAUGCCGGUUUAACAGAUUAACAUUGCAGACGUGUGUGCGAAAUAUUUCUGCAUCACAACGUUAUCUCUCUGCGGACGCUAAAGGCACCCAUGAGCAAACGGGUUCGACUUCCCUUGAAACAGUCGUCGAGGAACAAAAUGUUGGCUUAAAAGGUUUUGCUAAAGCUUAUGAAAGUCAUACUGAUGCUUUAAAACCUAAAGAAGAACCUAAGGAUACUGAAACAUUUGCUUCGUUAUUGAGGAAUUCGAAAUUUAUUGAUUUAGGCGAUCCUGAGGGUAAAGUAGUUUCCGGUAAAAUUUUCCAUGUGGUGGGAGAUGAUUUAUAUAUUGAUUUUGGCUGGAAGUUUCAUUGUGUCUGCACCAGACCUGCCCGCAAUGGAGAAGACUAUGUACGUGGUGCCAGAGUACGCCUAAGGGUUAAAGACUUGGAGUUAUCUACAAAAUUUUUGGGUUCAUCUAAAGAUUUAACUAUCUUGGAAGCUGAUUGCCAGUUAUUAGGUUUACUUUCAUCUCCUGCCAGACAGGGGGCUAUGAAAACUUCUGUAUCAAAAGCUUAAAUAAAUUACACUAUAUUUGAUUAA